AUGGAAUCGAUGAAGAGUUUGAAUAAUUCGCUGCCUUCGCAGUCGCAGAAAAAGGGAAGCGGCCAAAAGCAGGAGGAUCUACUCCAGGUGUUUAAAAGUGCCGCCCUUUCCGUAACAAACCUCUACCGGACGGCAGAGGCAAAUGAUACUCGAUCAAGGCAAGCUGGUUAUCAGGAAGCCCUCGAUGAGCUCCUUACUUUCCUGGAUAGAGAAAAUAUCGGCCUAGACGAUGGGGAGGGAUGGAAGAUAAGGCGAUGGGCAACUGCCAGAUUAGACGAUCAGCCAGCUCGACGGACGAGCAGUGAUAGUGAGGAGGAGAAACAGGAGAGUAUGGGACGUGCAGCGACCCCACCACAGGCAAAAUCCACGAGGUCGAAUGUUGUUGAGUCUGGGCAACCAAGACAAGCCCCGGAGCAAUCUCCUUCACGAGAACUGACCACGCCUCCGGUCGAAGCAGUAAACAAUUCACAACCACUGAGUGAUGUCUUCACCUUUCGCUCGAUGCAUCCAUACCCAAUCGACACAGAGAUGCCAUCACCGGGCUCCAUGAAAAUUGAGCUAUCGUCAGCAGAACCACGCAUCCAAGCUCAGAGUCCUCAACCAAUUGCAGUCAAUGUACUACCUAGGGGAAGCAAGACACCAAGGGGCACUCGCCACGCUCAACGUAGUGUUCCUGGGAGGGGUUUGGGUUCUGGUGCGGGUUCGAAGAGGAAGGUCACCUUCGAUGAUUUCUUCGACGUAGGCGUAUUGGAUACCGCAGGGAGCAGCAAAAGAGGAAGAACUUCAUGA